GGCCGAUCCAGGAUGGCGGCGCCCGGCGGAGCCGCGAGCUGCGAGGACUUCGCCGAGUUCCAGGAACUGCUCAGGGUGAUGAGGACAAUCGAUGAUAGAAUUGUUCAUGAAUUAAACACUACGAUUCCAACAGCUUCCUUUGUGGGGAAAGUUGAUCCUGGCCAGACGUGCAGAGAGCUGUACGAGUCUUUGAUGGAUGCUCACACCAACAGAGAAAGAAUCAUCAAAAACUGCAUCUCUCAGACUUCCGCCGUAGUGAAAACUCUCAAAGAAGAGAGGGAAAAGGCCCAUGAAGAUGCAGCAUUAUUAAAGCAACUCAGGAAAGAGCAGACAAAGUUGAAAUUGAUGCAGUCGGAGCUCAAUGUUGAAGAAGUGGUAAACGACAGAAGCUGGAAGGUAUUUAACGAGCGGUGCCGAAUUCACUACAAGCCUCCGAAGAGUCAAUGAUGAUGUGGGGUAUUUUCCAUCAAGGUGGUCCAUAACUGUGAGAGACAAACUGGAAAGAGACCUUGGGUGAGCUGAAUUGGGACCCUCCAGAACCAGUAGAACCCAGUCUAAGAGAAAACAACUCAUCUUUUGUACAAACUAUGUGAACAAAUGAGUUUUAUAGUAUUAAAACAAUUUUCAAUCAGAA